AUGAGUCAAGGGAGUCGAGAAGCUGCCGAGAAGAAGAGUGAACCGCCACCAUCCAAGAUCGAAGCUUUGGAUGGCUCCAAUUAUGAGGAAUGGAGCGGGCGGAUGCGGAGCGCUUUCAAGCGCUACAAGCUUCUGAAACUUGCAAUGGGAGAAGAGAAGAUCCCUAAGAAAGGUGGUGCCCGCGACCGGUGGAUUGAGCGGAGCGCGGUGCUGUACGACCUCAUCCUACAGUCGGUCAACAACGAUAUGUUCCAACAUAUCAAAUAUUUGGUGGAGCUGGACGACUCCGGACCGAAGGCGUGGAAGCUGCUACGCGACGUGGUACAACCCAACACGCUGCCGAUGGUGAUCGUAUUGGAGAAGGAGCUGGCUGCCCUCUCCAUGCGGCCGGGAGACGAUGUGAAACCGGUGCUUGACAAGAUCAAGGACACUUAUGCGAGGAUGGCAGCGGCGGGCAGCAAGGUGUCGGAGAUGCAGCAGUGCACCAAGAUCAUCUCGGACAAGUGGACGCCUGAGUGGCUACGGCAGCAGAUCCUGCAGGAGGACUUCCGCAGGCGCCACACGGGAGGUGGUGCUGCCAACAAGACUGCUGAGGGGUAUGGAGCUGCAGGAGGCAGCAGAGGAAGAGGGGGAGGGAGAGGCCGAGGCCGUGGGAGAGGCUUUGGCAGAGGAAGAGGCCGAGGUGACUACAAUGAAGGGCAUGGGAGCUCUGGUGGCAGGGGGAGCACCCGAAUGGAGGGUGCGUGCUGGUACUGCAAGAAGGCUGGACACCCGUGGUUCAAGUGUUUCAGCCGGCCUGAGGGAUGGGCGCCCCCAGGCAUGAAGCCGCCAAGUGGUGAACGCGCGCGAGGUGGCGCUGUGCAAGGUUCAGGUGCACAAGGUGAUGGUGCACAAGUUGGGAAGGUUGUGAUGCACCCCCUCACUCACUGGGUGAUUGAUUCAGGUUGCACGAGUCACAUGACUCCGCGGGCAGAUUUGCUUGAUGAGGUGAAACCCCCCGGGAAGAUCAAGUUUGUGGCUGCCGCUUCAGGUGCUUUGCUCCCUGUGAUUGGUGUUGGGAAUGCUAAGGUGAUGGGAGCCAAUGGGGGACUUGUGGGACUUGGGAAUGUCCUACUUGUUGAAGGUUUAUCCGCUAACCUCCUCUCUGUGCGCCGGCUGCAGAAAAGCAAGGCCAAAGUUACGUUCGGCCCAACCAGCUGCCGUGCGAAGCUUGGGAAGUUGCUGCUGUGGGAUUUGGAGGAGAAGAGCAGCUGCAUCAAGGACCUGUGGCAGCUGCCCAUCAUCCCUUGGAAUGGGAAACCACCAGCAACGGCAAAGGCAGCGGCAGCGGCUAAGGCAACUGCGGGAGGAGAGGAGACUGCACCAACUGCUGGGGCCCUGGAUGCAGUCAAGAAGGUGCAGCAGCCACAGCAAUCACAUGGUGAGGUGCUUACUGGUGUGGAUGCAACGGUUGCAUGGGCAAAGGCUUCAUCUAGGAGUGGUGAGGCCGAUUGGGAGACGUGGCACGAGAGGUUGUGCCACAUCAACAUUCCGAUGCUGCAGAAGCUAGUGAAGGAUGGGAGUUUGAAGGGGCUGGAGGUGAAGGGGGCAGCGAAGGAGAUUGGGAGCUGCCCUACGUGCCUUGAGACGAAAUUCACCAAGUUCCCCUUCAGCAGCAGCACGGGACCAGCCAAGGCACCACUUGCGCUUGUGCACAUGGAUGUGGCGAAGGGGGAGGUGGCAGCGGCUGUUCUCAAGGAGUGGAUGCCGAGAGCUCAAAGGGAGAGCGGACACAAGGUGAAGGUGAUCCGCACCGACAACGGGGGAGAAUUCAUUGGCGCUGAUUUUGAGAAGGAGCUGAAGCGGAAGGGGAUCCAGCAUCAGCUCACAGAAGGUGCUCGCACUCUCCUUGGGCGUGCAGGGCUGCCGGAUCCGUUUUGGGUGACUGCACUGAGGCAGGUCGUUGUUGUGAAGAACAGGGUGUUGGCGACCAUGGGGGGACAAGCAGUGGAUCCCCUACACCAAGUGGUAUGGGAGUGCACCAGCAGUCAACAUGCUGAGAGCGUUCGGCUGCAUGGUGGUGUUUCAUGUGCCGAAGGAGAAGAGGGAAAGCUGGAAGCUUCUGGGAGAUGGGGUGUGCAUUUGGGGCUUGCUAAGGAUCACAAGGGCUGGCUGAUUUGGGACUGA